CGGCAGCGUGUCAGCACAUCCGGAAUUCCCAAUUACAUCAAUCCUGACCCUCCGACCACCACCAUAGCCAGCAAACACCUCAUGACAAUUUCACUACAGCUUGAUGCGGUGUCUGGACAGUCCAGUACGCGGAGGGCACUCUCUGACAUUUCUUUGGCAGUAGCCAAAUCCAAAAAGAUAGUUGUUGUCACCGGAGCAGGCAUUUCAUGUUCAUGUGGCAUUCCGGAUUUCCGGUCUUCAGAUGGUCUUUAUUCGCUCGUGAAACAGCGAUACCCAGACAUCGUCAUGAAAGGUCGCGAUCUCUUUGACUCGUCUCUGUUCCGUGACUCCGCGUCCACCUCUGUCUUUUAUACUUUUAUAUCGCAGCUCAAGCGCUCUAUCGAUGCUGCCACUCCUGCUCCUACGCAUCGAUUCAUUAAAACCCUGGACACAAAGCAAAAACUAGUACGUUCGUACACCCAGAACAUCGAUGGUCUAGAAGAGCGAAUAGGGCUCCGUGGGAGUUCCAGUCAACAGGCGAAGAUCAGUGGGAAGAAGAAGUCGAAGCUAAAAGUCAAGGAAGUAAGGAACGUCCAGCUACAUGGCGACAUCCACCGCGUGCGGUGCACUUUCUGCUCCGCCGAGAUGCCCUGUACCGAAGAGCAUUUGCAUGCGUUCGAGAAUGGCAAAGCCCCCAACUGCCCAGAAUGUACCUCACGAUCGGAAGCACGAGUUGCUCGUUCUGCACGUGCUCUCAAAAUUGGGACUCUUCGUCCAGCUAUUGUACUCUACGACGAACCACACCCUCUUGGGGACGAUAUAGGCACAAUACAAACGAUGGAUAUCGCUCGCAAACCUGAUAUGCUCAUCAUCAUGGGUACUUCACUCAAGGUUCACGGUCUCAAAAAGCUGGUUAAAGACUUUGCGAAAGUCGUACACACCACUGGGACUGGAACUACACCUAGUGGUACUCCCAAAGUGCAAAAGAGUUGGCAGGGAAAAGUCGUUUUCGUGAACAAGACUCCGCCUGGCAGCGAGUGGUCUGACAUUAUCGAUUACCACGUCGCAGGGGAGACUGAUGCAUGGACCAACAAAGUCUUGGAAGACUGGAAGAAGAUGCGACCAUCAGACUGGGAGGUACAACAGACGCUUGAUCACACUGACGAGUCCAAUGGGUUCAAAGUCAUCAAAGAUACCAUUUCCAAAACGAAGGGCAAAGUUGCACCAAAGCGGAAUAUAAACGUCGAGAAUGUGCCACUGAACGAUCCAUUUUCCUCACGACCAGCUUCACCAUCGAAAAAACCCAUCAGUGUUCCGUCAUCACCAAGCAAGCGACGACAGUCUGCGUCACACUACUCAGAUGUGGAGUCAAGUCCGCGCAAAAGACGUGACAUCGCCAAAAUCGCGGAUGGUAUGGAUCGGUUGGACAUGUCAGAUAGGUGCAUAUUGUUUGCAGAUGCGACAAAUGCAGCCAAGAAUGCGAGAGGAGAUGAUCUGGUGACGGGCGAACUGCAACCUCCAAAAGUAAAGGUACGCCGAACAAGCGCAUCGGUCGUCUCCAAGGAGUGCAAACCCCGGUCUCGAAAUACUGCCAAAUCAAGGGUGGAGGUGUGGGUGGAGAUUGGGAAGAGACCUAAUAUUUCAUAGCCGGCUGUAAAUUAUUGUAUGAUAUACCUUUGCGUUGUCGAUAUUCUUCCAGUAGUAUUUGCAUGUUGCAAAGAUAGUUUAAGUGUUGAGGUAGAUGACAGUAAAACAGGACAAUGUA